CGUCUCCUGGAAGCUCUGGAGGACGUUCCACGCAAACGGCACCGCGAUGUGUGGGGACUGCGUGGAGAAGGAAUAUCCCAACCGGGGUAACACCUGUCUGGAGAAUGGAUCUUUCUUACUGAACUUUACAGGCUGUGCAGUGUGCAAUAAGAGGGAUUUUAUGCUAAUCACAAACAAAUCCUUGAAAGAGGAAGAUGGAGAAGAAAUAGUUACCUAUGAUCAUCUGUGUAAGAAUUGUCAUCACGUAAUAGCCAGGCAUGAGUAUACAUUCAGUAUCAUGGAUGAAUUUCAGGAGUAUACCAUGCUGUGUCUGUUAUGUGGGAAAGCUGAAGAUACUAUCAGUAUUCUCCCUGAUGACCCUCGACAAAUGACUCUGUUAUUCUAAGACUACUUCUGCAGUUCUAUUGUAACAAUGUUGGGUUGAGCAAACCUGAUGUUUUUUCUAAUAAUGAAAGUUCUUUGUAUAUUUUCUUUGCUGCGUAGACUUAUCUGUUCUUUGAAAGAAAAGUAAUUUGGGGGAUUUGUGUUCCCUAGAGCAGAAUUCUUCUGCUGAAGUUUUAGUUAGCAGUUAUUUAUCCAAAAAAUAACCAUAGUGGGUGCACACCUAGGGUUCAGAUCUUGGUUUCCCAUAAAAGGAGCCAGAAUUCCUUGGGGAAAAAAAUGACUGGUGGAGUAGGGCAGUAAAUAGGCAAGAUGAGCCUGGAGCAUCUUGUACUACAAAAAAAAAAACCACAGUGAUUUGGGUAUGUCAGAGAGACAGAGAAGUCAGAGAAGUAAGUCACUGGAAGGAGCCACAACUGGAACAAUGUGAGUAAGAAAAUAAGCGAAUUGGUAUUGAGUUAUAACCCAAACUAAUAAAUAUUCAUAAGUGCAUACUGAUAUAAAUAAAUGACUGACUGAAUGAAUGAAUAAAUAAUUAAGAAUAGACAAAUCUCCCAUGAAGAAUUCCAAAUAAUAGAUACUCACUCCUUAAGUAUAAGCUGUGUACAUAGUGACUUCCUUACAAAGGGUAGACUGUGGAAAGGAAGGAAAAGAGUAAUUUUAUAGUAGGGCAAUCUGACAAGCACUAGCUCAGCCAGGUGAUCAGGUAACAUCAUCAAUGAUAAGUCAUGCUGGUCAGAGGUACCCUUGAUAUGAUGUGAUGAGAGUGGUACUUUACCUCUGUGGUCUUCCUCCCAAAGAGUCAUAAUGCCAGUCUAAUCAUGAGACAGACAUCGCACAGUUCCCAGUUGAGGGAACCUCUACAAAAUCCCUGACCAGUACUCCUUGAAACUGCCCCAAGGUCAUAAAGGACAGUCUGAGGAACUGUCCAGCUAAGAAGAGCCUAAAGUGACAUGGUGACUACUGAGGUGUCCUAAGUGGGAAUCCUAUAUUAGAGAUAAAAAGGACAUUUUUUAGAAACUAGAAAAAACUGAAUAAAGAGUAAACUUCAGUUAAUAUAAGUGAAUAAUUUCAUUUGCUCCAAAGUGAUCUUAGAAUAUCUUAUUUUGCAUAGUUGAAUGAACACCAGCUCUGGGAUUAUAAACCAUGGCAUUUAGCCUACUCUGCCAUUUGGUAGCAGUGUAAUCAUUAAGCAGUGUAUUACUCUGGACUUCAUUGUCCCAUUUCUAUAAAAUUGGGCUAAUAAAAUGUGUUAUUAUGCAUUUCACAGUAUUAUUAGGAGAUAUAGAUGAAAUAAUGAAUACAAAAUACUUGGGAAGGUAUAGCAAGUACUAGAUACAGUGAGGUGGCUUCAAUUCUCAUUCUAAAUCCGAAAAGAGAUUGACUAUUAGAAACAAAAUUGUUUCCUCCUAAUAGCUAGGAGAUAUUAGAAAAGCUUAUAAGAAAAAAAGUGACCAGUGUGUUCAUUGUUGAUACCAGAGAAAAGUGUUGUUGUGUAACGGCAAUAGUAAUAACAAUAGGUGAGGUUUAUUGAGUACUUAUUUAAUAGCUCCAUGAAAUAAGUACCAUUUUUAUUCCAGUUUUAGAGUCAGAAAAAACUAAGACACAAAUAAGUAACUUGCUGAAGGUCACACAACUACUACAGUGUGUAAACAUGAGGUAUAAAAGUCUGGCAAGGUUAGGGAGAGGUUGAGAAUAUCAGUGACAGCACUCCCAGGAAUCUCAGCGUGUCAAAUAAAAAAUUUGUUACUGAGAAAAGUUAAGUCAGCUGCUCCAUAGGGAUCAGUUGUUUCAUUCCUGGAAAAUAUUUCUCAUUUUGCUACAAAUUUAUAUCUGACCUGCUGAGGAGAUCAUUUGAUGAAAUGAAUCCAAAAAGCAGAGAAAAUGUUUCAUAACUUUAAAUAGCAGCACUAAGCCCAUGAUAGCCUCUGCAUUGUCCUUUCUUGGCCUUUGCUAAUGCUUCCAAGUUAGUCAUUUGAAGCUCAAGAGUAUGAUUUUACAUGCUCCUGCUGAUGUCCUCAUCUGUUGCUGAAUGUAUAAUUAUCUGUUUGCUUUGGAUAUA